AUGAAUAGAACCAGUGGUGGCCAGCACUUACCAUCAAGAGUUGUUUACCUCGGAUCGAUUCCCUAUGAUCAGACUGAAGAGCAGAUUCUCGAUCUCUGUAGUAACGUAGGGCCUGUAAAUAACUUGAAGAUGAUGUUUGACCCACAGACAGGUAAGUCCAAGGGGUAUGCCUUUGUUGAAUAUAAGGAUUUAGAAUCGAGUGCUAGUGCUGUGAGGAAUUUAAAUGGAUAUCAAUUCGGAUCGAGACUGUUGAAAUGUGGGUAUGCUACAGGUACAGAUAUGGAAAAUAAUGAUAAUAAUAAUAAUAGUAAUAACAACAAUAAUAAUAGUAAUAACAUGGAAGAUGGUACGAGUCUCAAAUUUGCUAGAUUACCAGCAGGUAUUGACGUUAAUAUCAAUAUGACAACACCUGCAAUGAUGAUAUCUAGUGAAUUGGCCAAAAGAAAUGCAGAGGAACAAUUGGGACUUUUACGAAAUUUCCAAGAUUGGACGAGAAGAAACCCAGAAGAUGCUGUAGAACUACUACGGGAAUGCCCACAACUGAGCUUCGUCAUUGCAGAGAUCCUGUUAACCAAUGGUAUCAGUAAUGUAGACGAUUUGACACAAUUAGCUGUACAGCGUAAUGAUACACCUGAGACAGGUGCAAACGGCACAGAUGCACCACAGGAUCCAAAUAUACAGUCUCGACAAAGAGAAUUGCUUAGACAAGUACUACAGCUCAGCGACAGUGAAAUUGCAGUUCUGCCAGAUGAUGAGAAGAUGUCACUUUGGGAUCUGAAACAGAGGGCUACGAGGGGUGAAUUUGGACUCAUAUAG